AUGUCGACCCAAACGGACCAGACCCCAAACCCAAGUCCCAUCCCAACCAAGAAACGAACCACCCGGAAGAGGCUCCGACCUUGCAGCAACCACAGCUACGAGCUCACCACCUUUUGCCAACCGGGUCGCCCGAUUAGUCCGACCGGCCCAUUCCAAGACAACGUUGUCGUGUUUCUUCAACAAUGUGCGGAGCUCACUGACUUUAGAGUUCAAGGCAUGAGUGUUUGGUUCACUCUUCUUCGUAGCCGUGAGUGUUUGGUUCCUCUUUUUACUAUUGAAGAGACCGUGGACAACUCCAAGACCGAGUUCUGUGAUCACUGCUUGUCAACUGAUUGGAGUAACCAUUUUGUGUCAAAGAGAAAGUACCACAUCAUAAUUCCCAAGGAUAAUUGUUGGACUAAGCCUCUGAAUGAUAGUAUCUUGGAAGACACAACACAUCUGUUACAUGGAAUGAUACAUUGUGAUGGGAUUGGGCAUUUGCUAUGCAUCAAUGGACUCAAAGGGGGUUCUGAGCAUUUUUGCGGCAGAGAGAUCAUGGAUCUUUGGGAUCGGAUUUGCACAAAUCUUCGAACCAGGAAAAUUACAGUUGAAGAUUUCUCAAAGAAGCGGUCCAUGGAACUUCGACUGCUCCAUGGAAUUGCUUAUGGACAUGCUUGGUUUGGUAGAUGGGGGUACAGAUUUUGCUAUGGGAGCUUUGGGGUGGCAGAAGAAACAUAUGAAAGAGCACUUGAUAUUCUCAGCUCAAUAGAGCUUGAAAAGAUCAUCCAAGAUUUUAGUGACAUGGAACAGUGUGAAGAGCUGAAGAGAAUAAUUCAUUGCUACAAACAUUGGAGUGAAUCAAGCUUGGUUACAAUCAAAGACCUUCUCAAAUUUAUGCUCACUGUCAAGGCUGGCAUUCCUGCACCUAAAAAAGUCAAAAUGCCGCUAUUGCGCACUGCUUCUCUUUCAUCUUGCACUGCACACCGGAUCAAGCCCAAGCUAUUUGCUGAUGUUAUUCGUCACAGAUCCGGCCGCCAUCCUGCAAGAAGACUAAAGAUAGCUGCGGAUGUGAUUGUGCAUGUAUUGAGAGAAAAUGAAAAGAAAGGCUUUGUGAAUGGUGAGAUGGCCAGGCAAGAUUUAAGAGAUGCAACUCUGUUGCAUAGUCAAAGAAGAGGGUUGCCUGUUAGAGAUAUAGGUUUGUUGGAUAACGUGAUAAGCAAGCUGGACAAUGUGAUAAUUGGGAAUCACAUUGUCUGCCGCACACUGCACACACUGCCUAGAACUAAGAUUAAAAUAUGGAAAUAUACCGUUCAUGAUCUUCCUGGUGUUUACAGUGAGAAAGAGUUACCUCCCCAAUCACUUCCAUCACAAGCUCUAGUUCCUGAUGUUUACAGUGAUGUGCUUUACUUGUACAAGAAUGUACUGUUGGCAUAUCCUGAAUCCAAGUUGGUAGAAUUGGCUACUCAAGUGGUGCUGAACACUAGACACUUUGUAAAGGAAUAUCGAUUCGGGGAUAAGGAUGAGCAAGAGCAGUUCCUUGACAUUCCUUUCCCAAGUAUGACUGAUAGUGGUAAUCAUGCUGAAUCAGGAAGCUAUGAGUGUCCACCAGGUAUCGCAACAUAA